AUAAUCCCCAACAUCCACUACCAUCUAUCCACACACACACACAAACACAUACAAAUACUCACUCACGCAUCUUCAGUUGCAACUAUGAUUACCUUCAUCCCCACCGUCGUCCUCGGACUGACUUCUCUCCUAGGUGUUGCCAGUGCCAACGGCCAUGUCAAUCAGGUUCAGUACCCGGAGCUUGGAGCUCGCAACUAUGGUGCCACCCGCAUCUCUUCUGGAUAUGAGACCGUGAGCGCUACCGUCACUGUCACUGCGACCCUCACCGAGAUUUUCUGCACCACCAUCGACUAUACCUCGGAGAUCUCCUCGGUGUUGAAGACUUCUUCUCUUCAUACCGUUCCUGAGGUCCCUUCUGCCUCCACUGUUGAGAAGAGUCACAAGAGUACCCCGGUUGUUGUCACAUCCACCUGGUCCACUCCUGCUACUCCCACUCCUACCUCGGAGUACGCCACUGAGUCUGUCACCGAGUCCGUCACAGAGUCCGUCACCGAGACUGACAUCGAGACUAGCUCAGUUCCUCAGACUCCGACUGCAUCCUAUCCUCCAGAGGUUACCAACGCUGCUGAUAUCAUGGGUAUCGGCAAUGGAUUCGGCGCCGUGAUCGUAGGCGCUAUGGGUCUCGUCGCUUUGAUCUAA